AUGUCGGAGGAACAAUCUGACUCCAACUCCACCGGCUACUAUUUUGACAACCCAUCAACAAAAGUCCAGCACAGCUUCGUGUUCUCAGGACCCAUGUUUGUGCUCCUCAUGGUGAUGAUGGUGACACUAGUGGUGGUGAUAGUUCUGGGCAACGCGCUGGUCAUUCUGGCUUUCAAAGUGGACAAGAGUUUGAGGAGACAGUGCAAUUAUUACUUCUUGAAUUUGGCCAUCUCAGACUUCCUUGUAGGGGCGUUCUGCAUCCCCGUCUACAUCCCCUACAUCCUGACAGGCAGGUGGACUCUGGGUCGAGGGCUGUGCAAGCUGUGGCUGGUCACCGACUACCUGCUCUGCUCCGCGUCUGUCUUUAGCAUCGUGCUCAUCAGCUACGACCGCUUCCUCUCAGUCACCCGAGCAGUAAGCUACCGUGCGAGACAGAGCAUGACUCACCAAGCCAUAAUCAAGAUGAUUGCAGUCUGGGUGUUGGCCUUUGUCCUGUACGGUCCAGCUAUUAUUUUCUGGGAGCUGGUGGUGGGUAGAAGCCGCGUGCCGAAGGAUGAGUGCUUUGCUGAGUUCUAUUACUCUUGGUACUUCCUGCUGAGUGCAUCCAUGCUGGAGUUUUUCUCUCCUUUCAUCUCAGUGGCUUUCUUCAACCUCAGCAUUUACCUCAGUAUACGCAGGAGGAGGCUCCACCACAGGGAGGCCCAGCUUCAGCUUCAGACAAGUGAACCUGCCUCUGCCCAGGGAGAAGGCAUCCCCUUGUCCCACAACUGGGGGUUUGGAAUAAAAUUGCCUCUGAGAGGCUCCUUCAACUCCCAGACGUCCUCUCCAUGUAUGGGUAAACUGGAUUCCUCAGCCAGCAGGUCGGCUCAGCCGAGCCGUCUGUCCAGGGACAAAAAAAUUGCUAAGUCCCUGGCCAUCAUAGUGUGUGUGUUUGCCAUCUGCUGGGCCCCAUACACCCUACUGAUGAUCAUCCGUGCUGCCUGCAGAGGGCGAUGCAUCCAGCAUCACUGGUAUGAGGUCACCUUCUGGCUCCUGUGGCUCAACUCUGCCAUUAACCCGUUCCUGUACCCUCUGUGCCACAGUAGUUUCCGCAGGGCUUUUAGCAAGAUCCUCUGCCCAAAGCGGUGCACAGCUUCCCCUUCAUCUGUCCUUCGGACCGCUCAGUGA